AUGAGCUCCUUCCCAGCACUUCUCAGGCCCCUCCUCCUGCUGCUGCUCACCUACCAACAAAAUCCACUCGCGCAAGCAGCAGCGCCCACCGUCGCCUCGGCAGAAGUCGUCGGUACCGUCGCCGACGCCGCCAUCGACCGCGACUCCUGCACCUCGACCAAGGUCGGCGCGCGCGAGCUCUGGACCUGCCGCGACUCGCAGAGCUACCCGGGCGCCGUGACGGGCUUCUUCUGGAGCAGCUCCGCGUCGUGGACUGACUUUCCAGUCGUCCCUGAUGAUGGUGAUGGCAACCUCACGUGCUACGGCGACAACAACGCUGCAGGCGCUGGCGCUUACGCGUACUUCCCCUUGCCGGCGACGGCAUGCGCCGCCGGGUCCGGGGCUUGCGAGGACGGCUCGCGCUGGGUUAUUUGGCCGGAUGCGCCGCCGCUGGGGGUUGAGACGGGAUCACAUGGUAGUGGAGGACUGGCGCUGUAUACCUGGAUCCGCAACGUGCAUCUCGACAAGUCAUCGUCGACGGGCGGAAUGGGCGCGCAGCUGAACCCGGACCCGCCCGCCAGCCUGUACCGCGCCGACUACACCCCAGACCUGGAGAACAAUCAAACAACGCUGCCGCCAGUGACGCUCGUCAGCGACGCGUUCUGGGCCGCCGGGACGCCGGCUUAUGGGAACUACGGCGGCGUGGUGCGCAACGGGACGGCGUACCUGUAUGCCACGCUGGCGGACGCGGAUGGGAAGGUCAAAGGCGGCGUCGCGCUGGCCAAGGUUGACGUGGGCAGUGUGGAGGAUAGGGGCGCGUAUCGGUACUGGGACCCGGCGACUUCGAGCUGGGGGACGCAGGCGCCGGCUGUUACGGAUGUUGGUAUGGCGGUUAAGAAUGCUGGUACGGGGCAGCAGGGGACGUUUUACUAUAGCGAGCGGUUUGGGAAGUAUGUGUGGAUCGGCAGCGCCAGCGGCUUUCCCAACACGGACUUCUACAUCACCAUGGCGGACCAGCCCGAGGGCCCCUGGGAGCAGCCCGAGAAAUUCUACACGGGGCCGGCGGGCACCACGUUUGCGGGCUACUCGCAGCAAGCGCACCCGGGGCUGAGCAGCGACCGGGGCAAUGGGGAUGAUAUUUACUUGACGUACACGCGGCAGGAUGAAUUUUACUCUACGCCUCUGGUGCAUGUUGUGUGGGCGUCUUGA